AUGUUGGAGUGUAAGCCUGCUACUACUCCAAUAAAUCAGAAUCAUCGAACAGUGACAGAUGGUGGAGCUCCUGUUGAUCGAGAAAGGUACCAGCGGUUGGUUGGAAGGUUGAUAUAUCUUUCACAUACAAGACCAGAUAUAGCCUAUGCUAUCAGUGUCAUCAGUCAAUACAUGCAUGAUCCACGAGAAUCACACAUGGAGAGAGCUUUCAGAGUAUUACUCUACCUGAAAGGAUGUCCUGAUCGUGGUUUGUUGUUCUCACAACACGACACCUUCCAGGUAGAGGGAUUCACUGAUGCAGAUUGGGCUGGGUCAUUGGAUGAUAGGCGAUCUACUUCUGGGUAUUGUACAUAUGUAGGGGGUAAUUUAGUUACCUGGAGAAGUAAGAAACAGUCAGUGGUGGCUAGAUCAUCAACAGAAGCUGAAUAUAGAGCAAUGGCUCUAGGCAUAUGUGAACUUCUUUGGCUUCAGAAGUUACUUCAGAAAUUAUAA